AUGAAUUAAGUCGAUAAUUUACUUAAACCAUCUUUGAUUAACAAAAUAUCCUAGCCAAUAGAUAAUAACACAAAUAAAGAUCUUUUUAAUUAAUGGGAAUAGAAAUUAUUACAAAAAGAAACAUAAGUAUCUUCUAUCAUAAUAAUUAAGUAUAGUUAAUAAAUAAAGAAAAGAAAUUGAAAGAUAAAGAGAAUUAAUUAGCUUAAAAAGAGGAUAUAUUACUUAAAAAGGAAUUAAAUUUAAAUUAGAAAAUGAUGAAAUAUUCAACUAUUUUAGAAUAGAUAAUUAACUAAAAAUAAACUAAAUCAGAUAUUUCAUUAUUACCAUUAAAUUCAAAUGAUAAAUCCCAUAGAAAUAAUAAUAUCAAUGAAUAUUAAAACAGAGUUAUUAAUUUAUUGAACACUAUAAGAAGUAAUAGUUAAUAGUAAUAAUAAUUGAUACAUUAAUAAUCUUACAUGGGAAGCACUUUAGAAUUGACAGAUGAUAGAUUUAAUAAGAGUUCAAGAGGAUUUUAAUUAUUAUGA